CGGAGGUUAAGUUGAACGAAUCCUUGGAGGAGUUCACGAACUCCACCGCGGUGCUGCGGGCUGAGCUGGAGGAGCAGACCAAGGUCCGGGAAGAGCAGAUCAAGGCACGGGAGCUGGCUGAAAACCAGGUCGCCGCCCUCAUGACGGAGCAGAAAGACUACGACCGGUUGGUCGUACAAACCGACACGCUGCUCCUUAGGAUCUUCCUGGACUCCCAGGAGUACGCCGUCCGGAAGGUAGAGGAGCGCAGGACGGAGCUGUCUUUCGGCGACCGGGAGCUUCCCUGGGAUGCCUAUGACCACCUGGUCGCGCUCUCCUCCCGGGUUCAGCACAUGCGCGCCGUGGAUCGGCACUUGGUGGAUCUGCCAGAUCAUGCCAAGGAGAUCUGCAAGGUGCUGUGGCCUGAGGAGGCGGUGCCGGAGAGCGUAACGCUUAUCUCUGACCGUCUCAAGGACGCCUGCCGGAGGAUCCGGGAAUGGAGAUGCUCUGCGGCUCGUGUCGGAGCAGAUGCGGCCUUGCGCGUCGCCUGCUCCUGGUACGAAGACUUGGAUCUGGAUGUCUUCCCCGCCGUUCGUGAUGAAGCACCCACAGACACGGAUCCGGUCUUGACCGCCAAGCACCAGGAUCGUGCCUACCGGAUUGCGGAGUUCGCCCCCUUCCGCACCUUCAUCCCUCCCCCUCCCGAAGUCAAAGAUGCGCUCUCUGACGACGAGGAAGAGAUCUAGGAGGAGGGAGAAGAAGGAGCCGGAGAAGGCGCUGCUCCCCCGGAAGCUCCUGAGGCUGGUGCUCAGCUCCCCAUCGCCUGAACUUGUCGCCUUGUGCUUCCUGCUUGUUGCCUCACAGCUUGAAACUUGUUAAA